AUAUCCUCGGCCGAAUCCCCAUCUCCUCCCCCAAAUGCAUCCUCUCUUCCACCACUCUCUCCUCUCACUUUUCAUACGCUCUCACAUGGACCUCUUGCCCAUGCACCCAUCCUCCUCCAUGGCGCCGAAAGAGGCCGCUGCCUCGCGCCACCGGCGUCUAGGAGCUCGCCGGUCUUCCACCGACGUCUAGGAGGCCGCCGCCCCGCGCCACCACAUCGGAGCACCUUGCCACCGGUGACUAGCUCCGCUGCUCCCUACAUCACCUUCCUCUCUCCCUCGGUUUUCCUUUUCUCUCUCUCCCUCUGGUUUGACUCACCCUCCCAUGUCCAUGCCCGUGCAGGUCGUCGCCAUGGAUGACCCGGAGCUAUCUGGCAUGGUCGGGAAGAGGAGCCCCAUGCCGCGGCCUGGCUCUGCCAUAGAAACGGGCCCUCUCCAACAGCCACUGCUGGAUCUGGUCUUCCGCUGUCCGUUCAUGCCUCUGGCGACGCCAAUCAUCGCUAGAUCUUACCAUUGCUGCCAUUGACAGCACGCACGAGAUCGGGAUUUUUUUUGUUUUUGAAAGUAAUAGCAGUAGCGCGGGGUAUAAGACCCGCUACAGCUAAUUAGCAGUAGCGCUGUUUGCAACGCACGCUACAGCUAACCAUGUAUAGCAGUAGCGUGUGUCAACGCGCGCUACUGCUACAAGUUAGCUGUGGCGCCGUAUCAGUAGCGCGGGCACCCACGCUACUGAUACACCCAAAACCCGCGCUGCUACUAGGCUUUUCCCUAAUAGUGAAUUGACAAGAUAUGCUCCAUAAUGACCGACCCAGAUCGAUCAACAUUUGCUGCAGUGUUGAUGAAAUAUGUCAAUCCAAGGCGGCUCCACAUAUCUCUCGAGUGAAUACACGUGAAGAAUAGAUGGUGUAUAUCUUCAGAGCUCUGAUGGCAAAUUGGGCACCCUCUAAUUGCCCCGACGUGUCUAUUAGCGAGCAUACCUUUUAGGGGCAGAAUUCCAUGUAGUAAACACCGGCAAAAUAUUGAAACUUUACGUGGAAUUUGUAGCCUCCAUAAUGUACACCACACCGCCGGAGUAGCAGAACCUCCCGGUCGACUGAUGUCAUUUGCAUGUGCCCAUGUUUUAUGUAACCAUUCACUACUAGGGAAAACCCUAGCAGUAGUGCGGGGUCCCGAGCUAUUGCUAGGGCGCUACAGCUAACCUUUAGCAGUAGCGGUGGUUUGACCUGCGCUACUGCUAACUCAGUUGUCAGUGGUCAAUAUUGCUCGAGCUUUGCUAGAAUUAGAUUAUUUCUAUCCUUAAUUUUCGGCCACCAGAGUAGCUUUAGCAUCAGGAACGGUCAACAUGAGGUCACAGUUUGGGACGAGCGCACUCAGGUUUAUUUACAGAUGGUUCAAGCUUAGUGCACUUGUACCUGUCAUUCUACCCCCUUGAAAAUCAUGAGCACAGAGAGAUCUUUUCGUUGAAUCCAAUGCUCACCUUUUCUUUCUUUGGUGGUUUCUUAUGCAGGGACAACAAAGGGAAAGAUAUACACGCGAAACACGUACGUCGCCUUUUGUUUUUAAACUCCUCAAAGCUCACUACUUUGCAGACCUUUGCCUCGACCAGUACAAAAGCUUAAAGCCUCCAGUCCAAAAUUCUAGGGUUAAUUUACAAAGAACGCCCAGAACCAGAAUUUACUUGGACACGGUUUCCACGCUAAGACGAGGCGACAUUAUUUCUGUAAAAUUAGGACCCUUGCGUCCAGUCGUACGCGGUCUACCUACCAUGAAGCUGCUUAUAAGGUGAAGUUGCGCACAGUUUCGGAGGCAUACACCAAGACCCAAGCUCCAACCACAGCCAUGCGACUAGUCAUGGAGAACUCCCCUCUCCUACGCUUCAUCUCACUCACUGUCCCACUAGCCAUGUUUCUCCAGGCCAUGGCAGUGCCGUCUCUCCAAGAACAAGCAGGAGCCCUCCUUGCCUGGAAAGACACACUAGAAAGCCACCCUGCCCAGCUUCAAUUCUGGGGAAUGGGAAACAACACUAACUGGCCCUGCAGCUGGUACGGCAUCGAGUGCAGCAAGUACCAGGCAACGCACCAAGAGGUGAUCACCAAGAUCUCUCUACGUGGGCUGCGGCUGAGAGGGGAGCUCGACGCCCUCAACUUCACGGCGUUGGCGACCCUGACGAGCAUCCAACUCUCGCACAACAGGCUCACCGGGAGGAUCCCUCCCGGCAUUGUGUCACUCAGAGAGCUCCGGUUCCUGCUUCUUCAACGCAAUCAGAUAAGGGGCCCUUUAUCACCUGCUUUAGCAUCCUUGAAAAACCUACGGUGCUUAAUGCUCCAGGAGAAUAAACUCUCUGGUGAAAUACCAAGGCAAAUAGGAGAACUAGAGAAUCUUGUUUCGCUUAACUUAUCUGCCAAUCACUUGUCUGGUCCCAUCCCCAGUGAAAUAGGGUACCUAAAGAAGCUUGUCUGGUUAGGUCUUGUCAACAACAACCUCAUAGGCCCUAUUCCAAGAACUUUAGGGAAUCUCACUAAACUCACCAUCUUGUACCUUAGAGGAAAUUAUUUAUGUGGAUAUCUUCCUCCAGAACUAGGUUACCUGCUAAAUUUACGAGAGAUGUCCCUUAAUGUAAAUGAACUCAUGGGUUCCAUCCCUAAUACCUUUGGGAGUCUAAAUAACCUCACUCACUUGUAUCUCUGGGAGAACAAACUUUUUGGGCCUAUUCCUCCAGAACUAGGUUACCUGGUGAAUUUAGAAGAGCUGGAUCUUAGCAUCAACAAACUCUUUGGUUCUAUCCCUAAUACCUUUGGGAAUUUGGUUAAACUCACUAGCUUGCACCUAAGGGAUAACCAUCUUUCUGGAUUUAUUCCUCCAGAACUAGGCUACUUGGUGAAACUAGAAGAUCUGGUUAUUAGCAAUAACACAAUCAUGGGUUCCAUCCCGGAUACCUUUGGAAAUUUGACUAAGAUCACUACCUUGCAACUCAGUGAUAAUCAAUUGUUUGGACAUAUCCCUCGAGAAAUCGGCAACUUAACAAAUCUUGAGAAACUCGAGCUCUCCAAUAACUACCUCUCCGGUCCUCUGCCACCCAAUUUGUGCAUCAGUGGCCAGCUAAAGAAUUUAACUGCAGAAGAUAAUUACCUGAAUGGAUCUUUGCCAUCAAGCUUGUUAAACUGUACAAGCCUGGUCAGAGUUCGUCUUGAAAUGAAUCAACUAGAAGGAGAUAUUUCUGCGAUGGGAGCUCAUCCAAAUCUAGUGUACAUAGAUAUGAGAUCAAACAAAUUAUUUGGUCAAUUAUCUUAUAAAUGGGGGGAGUGUCGUAAACUUAACAAACUAAGUAUCUCAAACAACAACAUCACGGGUAAAAUACCCACAAGUAUGGGGCAGCUGUUUGGACUAAGGAUACUUGAUCUUUCAUCAAACAAGCUUGAAGGGGAGCUUCCAAGAGAACUUGGCAAUCUUAAAAAGUUAUUCCACCUGAACCUCGCAGACAAUUCGCUCCAUGGAAGCAUACCACAAGAAUUUUGGGCAUUGUCCAGUCUGGAGUUUUUAGAUUUGUCAUCAAAUUACCUAAGCGGUUUGGUACAAGGAUCAAUUGAGAAUUGUUUAAUGCUUCACUCAUUUAAUUUGAGACAAAAUAACUUCAGAGGAAGCAUCCCUUCCAUGCUAGGGGUGUUGCACAACUUAAUGGACAAGUUGGAUUUAAGUGAAAAUUCAUUUAGUGGGGCAAUACCAAGCCAACUUAGUAGUCUAACCAUGCUAGAAACUUUGAAUCUUUCAAACAAUGAACUUAGUGGCUUGAUCCCAUCGUCAUUUAAGAGAAUGGAAAGCUUGACAUUGAUUGAUUUAUCUUAUAAUGAAUUAGAAGGGCCAGUACCAGAGAGUAAACUCUUCCGAGGAGCUCCAAUCCAAUGGUUCAUGCAUAAUAAGAUGAUAUGUGGUGUUGUGAAAGGAUUGCCCCCUUGUAGUAGUCCAACCCAGAAUGGAGGGAAGAUGAAAGGAUACAAAACACUUGCACUAGCCAUGGUUACUACUACGAUAUGUCUUGUUCUUGUUGUAUAUAUAUUGGUGUUCCGACAUGAGAGGAACAAAUCAAAGUCAAUUGUCAAUUCUAGAGUUACACAAGAAAAAGUAUUCUCUAUUUGGAGUUUUGAUGGGGCAAAUGUGUUCAAGCAAAUUGUGGAAGCAACCAACAAUUUUAGUGAGACCCAUUGCAUUGGAACAGGGGGAUAUGGAUCUGUCUACAAAGCUAGAGUUUCAGCAUGUGAAAUAUUUGCGGUGAAGAAGAUACACACGAUACAAGAUGACUGUUGUGUGAACGAGGCAAUGUUCAAUUCUGAAAUAGAGGCAUUGGUGCGGAUUCGACAUCGAAACAUCGUCAAACUAUUUGGGUAUUGUUCCUCUAGACAAGGAAGGUUCCUUAUCUAUGAAUAUAUGGAUAGACGUGACUUAGCGGAAAUAUUGAGAUCCAAUGCAAGAGCAAUCGAGUUAGACUGGAGAAGGCGGAUACAUAUUGUACUGGACGUGGUUCAUGCUUUGGCAUACAUGCAUCAUGAUUGUUCGUCACCAAUAGUCCACAGAGAUAUAACGAGCAACAACAUUUUGCUUGAUCUGGAAUAUCGAGCUUGCAUUUCGGACUUCGGUACUGCUAAAAUUCUCGAUAUUGAUGGCCAGAAUAUUACAAGGCUUGCAGGGACAAAAGGCUAUCUUGCCCCAGAGCUAGCAUAUACAGACAAUGUGACAGAGAAAUGUGAUCUAUAUAGCUUUGGAGUUCUUGUUUUGGAGUUAUUUGCAGGAUGCCAUCCAGGUGAUUUGCUCUCAUCCCUCUCAUUGAGAACCAAAAAUAAUGAUGUUUACUUACAGGAUCUGCUGGACUUGAGGCUCGUGCUACCAGAUGCCGCAACCACUAGAGAAAUAUACUCCAUGCUCAGGGUUGCAGUUCAAUGCCUUGAGCCGAGUCCAUCACGCAGACCAACGGCACGGCAUGCCAGUGACGAGUUAUCAACGAUUAAAGCAUGUGCAAAUCAUAUUGAUUUUAUACAUGCUAGGCUCAUCAUUCCUACACAGUAGUGCCUAUGUCUAUGGAUGACGUGAUUGUGCCAUGUAAUUUCUUAUAUACCACCUAGGUACUUCCUUGGAAAGCAUAGUGAACUUGAACUAAUGUAAGCAUCUUAGUACCAUAAUUAAACUAGGUAUAAUUCUUGUUAAUAUUAUACAAUGCAGGAUGUAGGGUUUUACCUCAUGACGAGGGCCCGAACCUGGGUAAAACAUUGUGUCCCUACUUCUCCUGUUACCAUCUAGCUCAGAUCACCAAGCUUGGAACCCCCUACCUGAGAUCUGCCAGUUUUAGCACCGACGCUACUCUAAUCCAUAUACAAACGUUGUUCCUACAUAGAUCAACAUAGAACGUAGAAAUCUGGCAUAGAUAACAUAUAAACAUAAUCUGAUUGGACAUAGAAACUUAACACAAUCCGAUCGAAAAGUGCCCGCCACCCGAGUUCAUCACUUAACGACUUGAUACGAAUUAAAAUUAGAGGCUGAUUUCACCACUUCCUUGCCGGACGCUUCCCCUUGGGAUCUCGGUGGCUGGACUCGGCGUAGGCGUCGGUGUCCCCGGGCGCGUCAUCAUCAUCAUCGCUGUUCAAAGCGGAGGAGGACGGCAAUAUGAAGAUGCCCGCCAUGUGCCGGGCGGCGCGGGUCUGCUCUCCUCGGAGCCAUGCUCCUCUCUUCACCGUCGUCGCUGGCUGCAUCGCCAACCACUCCGACUCUUGGAGCGCCAUGCGGAGCACCUGGCAUUUUGCGGCAAUGACGACGGGCGUCCGUCUCUGCGGAAGUGUAGAAGCAAUAUCUAUGUCUUCUACAGUCCUUUUUUUGGCAUGAAUAU